AUGCAGAAAACGCAGCAGCAGCACCUCUACACAGAAAGCAACCCCCCGGAGAACAGCGAUACGCCUGGGUUUAUGCCAACUCAAUCAGACCCGUCCCGCUCUGUUUAUCCUCUCUCGUCUCUCCAUCUGUCCAUCUAUCCAUCCAGGUUUGGCUCCGGUGUCUUGGCCCUGCUUCUGCCUCGAGUCUUUGACGCCUUGUCCGUAUUUACCAACCACCAGGGCUCCAGAGUCCAGGGGUGUGUUUACGGAGUACUCCAUCGAAUCUAUUGUGACGGCCUGGCCUGGUCUGGAAUCAUUUUGUUUUGUUCCUUUUCCAUCUUCCAGACACGAAAUUGCCGAGUGGAUUCCAUCAGUCAAGCUAGCUUCCUGACGCUCGUCGUCAUUAUCCGUCUCUGGUCCUUCUUUGGCUUCCCGACUCCUCUCCGCUCCGCCAACCUUUUUGCACACGACGAGUCCCCCUGGUAUUAUUCAGUUCCCUUUUCUCGUUCCCUCUCCGGACCAUCGGCAAAGUUAGAGAGAGAGCUCCGGUGGCCUUACCGCGUCAUCUUGCCCUCACAUACGCAUUUACAUUCCGGUUCCAAGCCCGCCCUCCUACGACGACCGCAGUCAUCCUCCUCUCCAACGCUCAAGCUCCGAAUAACGACCCUCGCGAUGGCCAAAGUCCGCCGGAACAGCGCCAUCACCGCGGCCGUCUGCUACUUCAUCGCCAUCAUCUUCCUCAUCCUCGUCAUCAUCGGCAACACCUCCAUCAAGCCCGUUCUGACGGACAUUUACUUCUUCAAACUCGAUGUCUCCGACAUCAUCCCGCUCUCCUCGGCCAACGCCGUCCUCCUCAACUCCGUAGCCCGCAGCCUGGGACUCCACGACUUUUACCAAGUCGGUCUCUGGAACUUUUGCGAAGGCUACAACGAUGAGGGCGUCACCUUCUGCUCAACCCCCCAGCGCAUGUGGUGGUUCAACCCCAUCGAGAUCCUCACCAACGAGCUCCUCGCCGGCGCCACCAUCGCCCUCCCCUCCGAGGUCAGCACCAUCCUCAACAUCCUCCGCAUCGGCCAGCAGGUCAUGUUCGGCCUCUUCAUCUCCGGCAUCUCCCUCGCCGCCGCCCUCAUCGUCGUCACCCCGCUCGUCAUGCGCUCGCGCUGGUGGAGCCUGCCCGUCGCCAUCUUCGCCGGCAUCGCGGGCCUCCUCGUCACCGUCGCCUCCAUCAUCGGCACCGUCAUGAGCGUCGGCGCCAAGAUCGCCCUCACCCAGCAGUCCGAGCUCAACAUCAACGCCGUCCUCGGCGUGCGCAUGUUCGUCUUCAUGUGGCUCGCCAGCGCCCUCGUCGACCUCGCCGCCAUCCUCCACAUGGCCAUGGGCUGCUGCUGCUCGCCUAGGAAAGAGAGGGAGGCUGCCGCCGCUGCUGCUGCCGGCGGGGCGAGCACUACGCCGGAGAAGACGACCAACACGACUGAGAGCGGCGAGAAGCCGUCGAGGCUGCCGGCUUUUAUGAGAAAGCGCAGCCCGAGAAAGGUCGGUGACGUUGGCGGUCUCAUCCAUCGCACAACCUCAUGGGGUAUCGAUACCGACCACUGCGUAAGAGACCUCGAGCCCGGCAGCAUCAGCACUCCGUCGCCGGCGCGGAACAACGGAUUUGAAAUUGAGCAAUGGCGUUGGUGGUUGCGGUUUAAUCGGAUGACCAUGACAAUAGACUUUUGGGCAAACGGACAGUCAAGUAGAGACGAACAGGCAUCUUCACGUAUACAAUAUGUAGGUAAUGCAGGAAAACUUCAAGCUCCCAAUGUCGCAUCUUUGUACCUUGGAGCCGGUACCCCUCCAAACGACCGCGAGCCUCGGCUCAUUUUUCGCAACUGGGAAGCUCAGACGACCGCACCCCGAAAGCUGCUCUCCUUCUCAUAUCAGCCGAAGAUAGCUCCCGCACCCUUGUCUUUCGUCGUUCUACAUCUACAUCUCUCGGUCCUCUUUCAAAUUCAAUCGGAUCUAUCUUCCAACUUGACAAUUGAACCUGUACCAGAAGUCAAGCUACAGCAACAACUCCAUCUUCCCCAACGAAAUAGUAGGAAAUCAGCAGCAAUGGAUGUCGCAUCGCUCUUCAACGUCAAGGACAAAAACAUCCUCGUAACAGGCGGCGCGAAAGGAAUAGGCUACAUGAUCUCAGAAGGCUACAUCACAAACGGCGCAACAGUCUACAUCUCCUCCCGCGACGCGAAAGCCUGCUCCGCCUCCGCCGCCGCCCUCACCGCCAAAGGCCCCGGGAAAUGCCACGCCAUCCCCGCCGACCUCCAGAAGCUAGACGACUGCAGGCGCCUCGUCGACGAGCUCGCCGAGCAGACGGGCGGGCGGCUCCACGUCCUCGUGAACAACUCGGGCGCGGCGUGGGGCGACGCCUUCGAAACGUACCCGGACGCCGCCUGGACCAAACUCCUCACCCUGAACCUCCAGCGCGUCUUCACCCUCACGCAGCUCGCCGCGCCCCUCCUCGAAGCCGCCGCUUCCUCCGGCGCGGGCGCGGGCGACCCCUCGCGCAUCAUCAACAUCGGCAGCGUGGACGGCCUCCGCGUGCCCCUGAUCUCCUCGUACGCCUACAGCGCGAGCAAGGCCGGCCUCCACCACCUCUCGCGCGCGCUCGCCAGGGAGCUGGGGCCCAGGGGCGUCACGAGCAACACCCUGGCCUGCGGGCCGUUCGAGAGCAAGAUGAUGGCGGCCACGCUCGAGACGAUGCGCGACACCAUCGAGGGGGAGAUCCCGAUGCGGAGGAUCGGGACGCCGCAGGACGUCGCGGGCGCGUGUCUGUUCCUGAGCGGGCGGGCGGGCGCGUUUGUGACCGGGGCGACGAUUACUGUUGAUGGCGGGAUUAUGGAAAUAUCAUCAGAGUUUGGUUCAUUCUUUCAAGCUCAGGAUUACGGCGAGAAUAUAGAUACUGCAAUCUGUAACCCAUAG